AUGAUUGGUAUCCUCCGGCAAAAAAGACACCAGCAAACUCUACCGGCCGAAGAAGCGCAAGGAUUGCGAGCACCGAAAUCGGACUACAGUAUUGUUGUUUUCCCCCCCUACAAAGGUGGCGCUACCGUCAUCAUGGACAAAACUGACUACGUCAACAAGGCGAAUAUAAUCUUCAACGACACGGAUUCAUGUACCAUUCUCGCCGAAGACCCAACAAAAAAGCAAGCCGCAGCCAUCAAGAAAAAGGUUAAUGAGCUUACUCGUCUGAAAGUCAUAGGUCCAGAUGACUCAAAGUUUAUGACCCUCAGUGAUCCCCAUAUCGCACACGCGUACGGUCUCCCAAAGGUUCACAAAAUUGAUGCCCCACUGAGGAUUAUAGUACCGCUCAUCGGAUCCCUUACUUACAAUUUAGCCAAGUGGCUGUACAAGCGUCUGAAGCCGCUAACUCACGAAUCUCGCUACAGCAUUAACAGCUCCCACGAAUUCCUCAGCCGGAUGGACAACCUCAAUGCAAGCACUGAUGAAUGCUUCUUGUUUUUUGACGUCGUUGCCUUAUUUUCUUCUAUACCGCACGAUUUGGCAAUUGACUGCGUAGCCCAACGGUUACAGGACAAUCCUGUUGGUAUCCCAGCGCAGCACGUUAAAGAACUGCUCAAACUCUGCCUUAAGAACUAUUGUAGGUUCGACAAUAAGUACUACCAACAGGUGAAGGGAAGUCCAAUGGGCUCCCCAAUAUCCGGUCUACUCGCCGAACCAGUGCUACAGCGACCAGAACAUGAGGUUUUUCAAACUGUCAACCCCAAAAUGUGGCUCCGCUAUGUCGACGACACCUGUGUCGUAAUAAAGAACCGCGAAGUCGAACGGCUACAUCAGAGGCUGAAUGAUGUCUUUCCGGCCAUACAACUUACCCGCGAAGAGGCAGUAUGA